CCUCCCCUCCCAAAAAUUUCAAUCCCCUUCUUCCUCUUUGAGCUGCUUUUGCUUCAAUUCAUCCCCCUUUCGUUUUGCUGCGCUUCAUCUCUACUUCUUUUGUUUCAGUUCAUCUUCAGCUUUCUUUUAAGUUAUAUAUAUGAACAUGAAGCAUCCACAAUCAAGUUUGCCUCCAGGGUUUAGGUUCCACCCUACAGACGAGGAACUCAUCCUUCAUUAUCUAAAGAAGAAAAUCACUUCCUCUCCUUUCCCUGUUUCCAUCAUCGCCGACGUUGAUAUUUACAAGUUUGAUCCCUGGGAUUUACCAGAUAAAGCUGCGUUUGGUGAGAAAGAAUGGUACUUUUUCAGUCCUAGAGAUCGUAAGUACCCUAACGGUGCAAGGCCGAACAGGGCAGCAGCCUCCGGCUACUGGAAAGCAACCGGCACGGAUAAGGUUAUAGUUACCUCUUCAAUGGCAGAUAGAAGAGGAGAAGUGCAAGAGAAUAUUGGUGUGAAGAAAGCUCUGGUUUUUUACAAAGGAAGGCCUCCUAAGGGGAUGAAGACCAAUUGGAUCAUGCAUGAAUAUCGACUUGCAGAUAACCCUAAUUCCAACUUCAACAAUAGACCACUCAAGUCCAAAGAUUCCUCCAUGAGGUUAGAUGAUUGGGUUCUUUGCCGGAUCUACAAGAAAUCCAAUGCUUUAUCUUCAACAACAGCAAUAGGAGCAGCAACAAGUGAUCAAGAUUUAGAGGAAGAAGAAGCAGAACAGUUCAUUAAAGAUGCCCUUUUACCAGCAGCCAUUAAAAGCCCUCCAACCACCAAUGCCCUUCUGCCUCAGAAAUCUUGUUCCUUCUCCAACCUGUUAGACGCCAUGGAUUACUCAAUGCUCAGUAGUUUCCUGGCAGACAACCAGUGCAAUGGAUCCGGAUAUGAUCCCACUUCAUUCACCUGUGAGCAGCCACUAGUGAAUAACUACACCAUUGGAAACAACAGCAGCAGCAGCAGCAGCAUGAUGGUGCAAAAGCUUCCCCAGUUGAGCCCUUCGGUUCCAAACAUGGAAAACAAGCUCAAGCGCCAAUACUCAAGCAUUGAUGAGGAUCACCCAUCAAAGAAACUUAACAGUUCUUGCAGUUACAGUAACAGCAGCAGCCAAUCUGAUAUGACUCACUACACCUUUCUAAACCAGUCAUUGUUCAACCAGAGUUUACUCCUAAGUCCUCACAUUCAGUUCCAAGGAUAAAAAAGAAAAAGAAGAAAGAUUCUAAAAUUUAAAAAAAAAAAAGGAAAAGAAUAGAAAACAAUGAUUGUCUAGGGCCCUUAGUGCAGGGUGUGUAAAGAAGGAGACGUGUGUGGGUUUUCUGUAGGAAGAAAAACAUGGUUAGAAACAUUGAACUCCUUAGUAUGGUAUCAAAAAGCUGAUACCAUAUUACAUAGUCAAAAAGCUAAUGAAAAAAAAACCAAACUAAAAAAGGAGUUAAAAAGGGAAUCAAUCAUACAUAAUUUUUGUAGAAAAUUUAUGUAGUGGUGGAAUUGGCAGAUCAAAUUCACACUUUGUAAACAGUGUGUUGCUUGUACUUGAUGAUUUGAUUUUUUUUUAUGGGAAUGAAAAAGGAAAGUUUAUUAUUA